GUACCAGAACGUGUACGAGCCAUGAAUGCAAGCAUAAAACUUUUGUUAAUUGUCCGAGAGCCGGUGACAAGAGCCAUUUCUGAUUAUACGCAAUUACGUAGUCAUGCUGCAACGGCCACAUUACCACUGGCCAACGCCAAUGAAAACCAACAGCCGCAUCACAGAUCCUUUGAAGAGUUGGCCAUUUUUCCCAAUGGCACUGUUAACGAAUCCUAUCGCCCCUUAACCAUAUCCAUGUAUCAUUUACAUUUGCAUCGUUGGCUGGAAGUCUUCCCUAGAGAACAGAUAUUGGUUGUCAAUGGCGAUCGUCUGAUAGAUGAUCCGGUAUCGCAGCUAAAGAAAAUUGAAACAUUUUUGGGCAUUGAACAUCGCAUUACCAACAACCACUUCUAUUUCAAUGAAACGAAAGGAUUCUACUGUUUACGCUACGAUAGCGGUGAUCGGUGUUUACGCGAAACGAAAGGACGUAAACAUCCACAUGUUGAUCCGGUGGUCAUUUCGAAACUGCGCAAAUUCUUUGCCGAACAUAAUCAACGGUUCUAUGAAUUGGUUGGUGAAGAUUUGGGCUGGCCCGAAGAAUAA